CCAAAGAACAUUUGCCAAUUUGAGAGGUGGAAUAUUUGUUGAAGUGGGUGCAGCUGAUGGAGUAUUCCUGUCUUUAACAUCUUGGUUAGAAGAGGAGAUGAACUGGUCAGGUCUUCUAAUUGAACCACGCUUGCAAGCAUACCAGGAAAUGAGAAGACAUAGAAAAGCAGCAGCAGCUCAGGUGUGUGUGUCCGAUGUGCACUACAACAAAAAGGAAUUGUUUUGGCAGCCAAAGGAAACUGAAUACAUUCAUAGCACAUUUCAGAAGAUAGCAGAAGGCAAAUCUACCCUUCUUCGAUAUGUUGCUAAAGAGGAUCAAGCACUGGGUAAAAUCAUCUCUGUGCCAUGCUUUACUUUAGAUGCACUCCUCCUUGCAGCCAAUAUUACUAAAACAAAACGAAUUGAUUUUCUAGUCGUACAUACUAUGGGUGGAGAAGAUGAAAUUCUUGACAAAUUAACCAGAAGAGAGAUUUUAAUGCUCCUUGUUCACACCAGAGAGAAAGACACAGCUGUUUUGAAUGCACAAAAGCUUAACCUGAAGUUAUAUGACGAGGUUCCAAAUGGUAUUAGCGAUUUUUAUUUCUUUAUAAAUUUAAAAGUUGAUGUUAUAAAAAACACGAAAGAAACCCAUAAUAUAAGUUGUCAGUCAAUAAAAGGAACAUAA